AUGACAGCAAUGGGUCAUGUGGGAAAUCGGGACCCGCUAACGUCGCAACUAUACACACUCAAACACAAAUUGCAAGAACUGGCCCCCGUCACCGCAGCACGAAUAUCACCCAAUGGCACCCACUUGGCACUCUCCACAUCGACAAGCAUAAAAAUCUACUCUCUAACGUCUUCUACGGCACCAUCACCCCCCGUCCUCAUAUGCGAGCUCCGGGGCCACACGCGAGGAAUAUCAGACGUGCAAUUCCUGCCCCACAACCCCGAGAUUCUCGCCUCCUGCUCCGACGACACCACCAUCAAGCUCUGGAACGUGCCCACCGCGAAAUGCAUCAAAACCCUCCGCAAACACACCUACCACGCCACCACGCUCCAGUUCGCCCACCGCGGCAACCUCCUUGUGUCAGGCUCAUCGGACGAGACAAUCACGAUAUGGGACUUAAUUUCGGGUCGCCCGCUCACGACGCUCGCAGCGCACGCAGACCCCAUCUCGAGCAUCUCCAUCACCCCGGACGACUCCAUCAUUAUAUCGGCGUCGUACGAUGGCUUGAUUCGGUUGUUCGAUACUGAGACGUACCAGUGUUUGAAGACCCUCACCACGAAUAGCUCGCAUGGCACGGCCACGUCGAGCUUGGCGCGCAUGGAUAUGCACGCGGUGGGGUACGUGGUGGUUAGCCCGAAUGGCAAGUAUGUGUUGAGCUUGUGCUUUGAUGGCUGUUUGCGGUUGUGGGACUUUGUCGCGAAUCGCGUAGUCAAGACGUUUGUGGGGCCGGAGCGGACCAAAUCGCCUGAGACUCAGAGCGGAGCCGCGGGGGAGGAUCAAGAGAAGGCGAGUGACGAGAUGGAGAAACGGAUAGAUAGGACAACGACAACAACGACGAAAACGGCAGCGAUAACGCCAAUCUGUGAGAAAUACAACUGUGAAGCUCGUUUUAUUACCUAUGGUCUGAACGCGUUGAUCGUCAGCGGCAGUGAUUACUCGGGGAUAUUAUGCUGGGACAUCAAGCUGAAAAACCUAGUGUGGCGCCACCGUGAUGGUGAUCGCGGCCACAAUGACGUUGAUGACAACAACGACGACACGGGCAAAAGCUCACCUGUUUUGACUUUGGAUACGUUUGACGAGGGGCGGGUGUUGGUUAGUGGCUCGCUUGAUGGUGUCGUUCACAUCUUCGAGAUGAAUCGCGAGCCACCCAAGAAUGGCUCGCAUGAUGAGGGUGUGGGUGAGGUGAAAACGGGCGGUGAUGUUGUUAAUGGCGGAGACUCCACCAUGAAUGGCAGCGGUGCAAAUGAACAUCCCGAGCGAGACCUGGAGAUGAACGGGCAGACUAGCGAACGUGCCGAACUUGCUGAUGAUUCUCAUGAUGAUAAAGAUUACAUGAAUGGAGUCGCAGAGGAUACUUAA